AUAAGUUCCUUAUCCUGCAGAGAAACAAAAACAACAACCAAGCCUCUAUAAAUAAAUCAUCAUCAUUAGUUUCUAGCAGCAUAUAUCGUCAUUCAUCAACUGAUACCUGGAACAAAAAAUCUCAAGAAACAAUGGCUAGUACUUUUGAAACCACUCUUAUUAAACUUAUGGAAUCUCAGGCACAUACUCUACAACAAGUAUUAGAGACCUUAAAAAGUAUGAACAAUGUAAUUCAAGAACAAAAUCAAAAUAGUCCUAGGAUCAUUCCUAAUAACCAAAUAAAGCCUUUUAAUUGUAAUAACAGUUCUCAAACUGAAGCAACAGAGGGCGCUGAAGUCGAUAACCCUGCAUCAGUCGGUGAACAACAAGGAGAGGUAAAUCAAGCAACGGAUUACGUUUACGAGGAACACAAGCCACUAUAUGAAGCAGCAAAGGAAGGUAAUUGGAAUCAGGCAGAAGAAAUUUUCAAGGCAGACCCAGGAGCAAAGACGAAAGACAUCACAAUUGAAUCAGAAACAGCACUGAAUAUAGCUGCAGACCAUACAAAGUGGGCAUUCGUGGAAAAACUAGUAGGACUCGUGCCACCAAAAGCACUUGAACAAAAGGACAGUAAGUAUGGGUAUACAGCACUUCACACUGCUGCAAUGGAAGGCAACACCGAAAUUGUUAAGCUGAUGGUGAAGACAAACCCGCUCUUGACACAGAUGCGUGAUAACUCUGGAAGAGUACCGCUCCACACUGCCGCAAAGUUUGUUUCAGAAGGACAAGAGGAGGUGCUGAAGUAUCUUUAUUCGGUUACUAGACAUGAUGACCCAAGUCCUUUCACUGGCCAACGUGGUGCUUCCCUACUGUGUGAUUUAAUUGAUUCUAAUUUCUACGAUAUCGCAUUGUCUAUCGUGCAAAGUAAUCCGAAGUUAGUCACAGAGAAAACGAAAAACCGUGGUGUAUGCGCAUUAGAAGUGCUUGUUCGGAGACCAUUUUCAUUUCAAAGUGGAAAUAAGACAACGUGGUGGCAAAGACACCUCUACCUGUUUCUUCAAAAAGUGGACACAGAGGCACCUAAUUACCUUGACAACAGAGCAGACCUAGAAAGCCCGAGAGAGUCCUCAACAAUGUGUAGACGAGCCAUAACAAAGUUCAUCAUGCAGUACCUCAACCCCUACUUAACUCGAGUUUCUUUUAUCAAAAAAGUGUACGACCAGAAGUUCAUAAACGAACAAGCCUCCAAAUUAGUCUCUACUAUGUUAGAACAGAUAGGUGCUACUAUGAAUAAGUCAAAUGUUAUAGAUUUUUUCAAACAAUCUAGCCUCAUGAAGACAGCAAUAACAUACGGGACAACGGAAGUCAUAGUUCAGUGUCUUCAGAAAUUUCCUUACUUGCUCUGGUCUGAAAUGGAGGGACAAACAAUGGUACAAAUUGCUAUUGCAGAAAGAAAUGAUAAGAUAUUUAAUUUCAUAUGCAAAAAGAGUGAGGAGGACAUGGAUGAAUUGAAUUCCAGAACUGAUGAUAAAGGUAACACCAUCUUGCAUUAUGCUGCGGAUAUUGCACCUUCUCACCAACUAAAUUCAGUCUCAGGUGCAGCAUUUCAGAUGCAACGGGAAGCACAGUGGUUUAAGGGGGUGAAAUCAAUUUUACUAGAGAGAUACAGGCUAGUGAGAAACAAAGAUGGAAUGACUGCACAAUGCAUAUUUACAGAUAAACACAAAGAUUUAGUGAUAAAGGGAGAAAAAUGGAUGAGAGGUACCUCACAUUCAUGUAUGAUAGCAGCAACCCUUAUCUCUACAGUAGCAUUUGCGGCAGCUUUUACUGUACCCGGUGGUAAUUACAAUGAUGCUAACAGAAACACGGUCAAUGGCCUUCCUAUUCUCCUGAACAGCAAUUCGUUCAUUGUCUUUGCAGUAGCAGAUGCCUUAGCUCUCUUCUCUUCCAUCACAUCAGUUCUUAUGUUCUUGGCCAUCUUAACAUCACGAUAUUCAGAAGAAGAUUUUGUUAAAGCAUUACCACGAAAGUUUAUACUAGGCCUAGCAACACUCUUCAUUUCAAUGGCCACCAUGAUGAUAGCGUUUGGUUCAGCAAUAGAUAUUAUUCUUUGCCCGAGAUGGAAAUGGAUUAUAAUUCCUAUAACAUCGCUUGGCUCUGUCCCAGUUGCAUUGUUUCUGUGGUUGUUAUUUCCAUUGUUUGCUGAAAUGGUCCGUUCAACAUAUUGGCCUACAAUAUUUGAUAAGAGAACUCUCCAACGUAAUAUUAAAGGGAAAAAGCUAGUAUAGAAACUAAACUUUAUAUAUCAGCACUUGUUUAAGUUUUUUUUUCUUUUCUUAUCAUAAGUGUAUCGUAACUCAUGUAUAGUAUCUAACUGCCAGUAGUUUAUAAAUGAAAUCAAAUUGAAAAUUUUCAUUC